AUGAUUAAAAAAUGGUCACAUUUGUUUUUCUCUUUUCAAUCCCCAAAGGUAAAAAUAUUAGCAGCUGUGUCAACAACAAUAAAAACGAGUAGAGCGACUGCAUUCAAUUUAGUUUCACACAGACAUUCAUCAUCAGCCAAAAAAUUAAUAGCAUUAAUAAAUGAAAAGAAAGUGGAAAAAUUUGUAGAAAAAGAGGAAAAGAGCAUUCCUAAUACCAUUCCAACUAAUAAGGAAGUGCCGCUUUGGCUAUCCCAAAAAAUUGCUUUGAAGAAAAAAUUCAAGCAGUGGAAUCCACCUAAAAAGCUUAAUAGAGAUACUAUGAAUAGUAUAAGAUUAUUAAAACAAACAAUGCCUGAUUUGGACGCAACCACUUUGGCAAACCAGUUUAAAGUAAGUCCUGAUGCAAUUAGAAGAAUUUUGAAAUCGAAAUGGAACCCUAGAACGGAAGAGGAGAGAACUGACGUAGAGGAUAGGUGGAUAAGGCGAGGACAAAAUCUACUGAAAAAUGGGUUUACGGUCAAUCCCCCAAAAAGAAAAAUUAUAAUAUCAAAUGGAGAAUCUAUUGCAACAACAACUUCCACCGACAAUAUUAACAAUAAGCGUUCUAAGAAUGGUUCAUUAUCGUUGAAAACACCGUCAAGGAAGCUAACCGUGGCACAAAGAAAGUUAAUGUUAUUAAAAAAUAACAAUAAUGGAAAUUUGACAUAA